AGAUCAGAGCUCACACUGCAUCCCUCUUGUUCUUUUCCCUCAGAAUAUCGACAUCACGAACUUCAGCAGCAGCUGGAACGAUGGGCUGGCUUUCUGUGCACUGCUUCACACCUAUCUCCCAGCCCACAUACCCUAUCAAGAACUGAACAGCCAAGAUAAGAAAAGGAACUUCACCCUGGCUUUCCAAGCAGCUGAAAGUGUUGGAAUCAAAUCCACCCUGGACAUCAAUGAGAUGGCCCGCACCGAACGACCCGACUGGCAGAACGUAAUGCUGUAUGUCACAGCCAUCUACAAGUACUUUGAAACCUGAGCACACGGGAGGAGCUGCUGCUACCAACUAGGGACCUCUGCAGUCACCAAGUGACACCAUUAGCUAGAACCCCUAAAGCUUUCAGCGACUCUGGGCCUCCCUGCAGGGAGUAUGCCUAGCUCUAGGCCUCUGCCUAGGAACUGGAACUGCAGACCAGAGCUCUUCCACAUGGCCAUCCUCGGGAGCAGGAAGCACAGCACACAGCCAGCUUACUUGCAGAGACCAUCAAGCUCCAUCAGUGCCCUGAAGUGUAAAAACAGGAAGGCCUGUGCCCGGCUCAUCUUGGGAAAUGGGAUAAAUUGUGGGAACCAGGGGUUUGUGAAAGCUUUAGCCAUUGCACUUCUUGACUGUCAUCCAUGUACUUUGAUUCCCAGUGCUGGGACAGAGCUGGCCUUGGUCCCUUUGUGUCGGCCUGGGUUCUCGGAAUGUGUCAGAGAAGAGGGUCGUUAUCCUUUCCAUGUGACAGGACUGUCCUAACCACUACGGUUUAACUUAGGAGUGUCAAAAACCCAGCUUCCAGGCCCACAGCUAACUGAGUCUACACUGCCAGCAAGCAGACUUUUGUCAGCAGGAAGCAGGUGGCACACUGGGUGAGUGCUUAGCCACUUGCCUCUGGCUCCAGGGAAAAGACCGGUCACAAGUUCUCCUAGUUAAAGUUGUUGUUUUAUUAUAAGCAAUAUUGGGAAAAUAGCUCCUAUUCUGUUAGUACCAAAGUUAAUUGUUUCAGCAAGCAUAGAAAUUAAACACAAAAUGUGGGUGUUA